AUGACCAUGGCGGGCCGCCCGCGGCAGAAGCUGCGCAUCCUGUGCUUCGGCGACUCGCUGACGGCCGGCUACUCGGGCAUGGGCUCCGUGUUCCAACCGUACGAGGACCGCCUGACUCAGAUGCUCGAGAUGGCGUUCCCCGACACGGAUAUCGACACGCUCGAGGACGGCAAGUCGGGCGAUACCGUCAAGCAUGGUUUCUUGAGCCGCAUGCGCCGGCACUUCGAGACAACCGACCCGCCCGAAGAGCCGUUCGACUGGGCCAUCGUGCUGGGAGGGACAAACGACAUAGCGUUUAGCAUCCCGGCCGAGGAGAUAUACGAGAGGCUCAAGGAAGUCUGGGACGUGGCGCUCAGCCGUAAGAGUAAGGUGCUCGCGCUGACGGUGCCCGAGGCGGGCGUCGGCGCGGCGGGCCGCGCGAGGCUCGACGCCCGGAGGAACGCGCUGAACGACCUGAUAAAGGGACAUGAGCAAGAAGGCUUCUAUAAGUUCGACUUCAACGCCGCUUUCCCGUACUUUGCGCUCUCGGAAGCCGACCGCACGCGGUACUGGGACGACGCGAUCCACUUCACACCCGACGGCUACGACCUGAUGGGCAACAAGAUCGGCGUGGAGCUGGUCAGCAUCCUGGCCAAAGAGCGCGCCGACCUGAACCCGCCUGUCACCCCAAGAAAGCGCCGGCGCGUGUUCAGAGACGACGACAACACGUUCGAGGAGGAGGAGGAGAAGGGCCCCAACGCCAUCGACCGGGGCUACGUCGUCGUCCGCCGAAAGGAUCUGGACUAG